GUCUCUGGGCUGUGGGCUUCCCUGUGGACAUUCUCGCGGGCCCUGCCCUCUCUGACACCCUGGGGCCAGGCUCCACCCUCCCCUGGCCCCCAGCUCAGCCCAGCGUCUCUCCAACUCGUAGAUGACCAGCUCCCGCUGUGCCCAGGGCUGGAAAAAGCACCCGCCGCCUGGGCCGCUGCCUUCCGGAGAGUGCGCGGCCUCGGGGUCACCUGUCCCUGGCGGUGGGUGUCGCUGCCCCCCAGCGCGGUCCCGUACUCGCCGCUGAGCCCUGGCACCGGUGGCAGGAGCACAGCGAAGAAGCCUCCCUGGACUGCGCCGCAGCCCUGCACAUCCCGGCCGGCGCUGCAGGGCGCGGGGUACACCGCUGGCCUGCCGAGGGACCGCUGAGGGUGCGGUGUUGGGGGCGCGGCGCCCGGCCCUGGGCGGGCGUCUGCAAGGGCCGACGCCGAGGGGCGCGGGAGCCGCCGGAAGCCAGGGCGGGGCGCCUGGAGGGAUGCGGUGAAGGGCGAGCGGCGCGGCGGCGGCGAUGAGUGCCUCUGCGGCCACCGGGGUGUUUGUGCUGUCCCUCUCGGCCAUCCCGGUCACCUACAUCUUCAACCACCUGGCGGCCCACCACGAAGGUGAAGAGCAUGAAAGGAUGCUGUGAACCAGUUUACACUGCUUCUUAUUCUCCAGAAGAGCACCAGCCAUGUGAUCAUGCAGGCUUUCCUGGACAAUUGUAGGGGUUGCUGCCCUCAUCCUGCUCCUGGUAGCCCUGUUGGCUCGUGUUCUCGUCAAAAGAAAACCACCCCGGGACCCACUGUUCUAUGUGUAUGCAGUUUUUGGAUUUACCAGUGUGGUGAACCUCAUCAUAGGACUGGAACAAGAUGGCAUCAUUGACGGGUUCAUGACACAUUACCUGAGAGAGGGUGAGCCGUAUCUGAAUACUGCCUAUGGGCACAUGAUCUGCUACUGGGAUGGCUCUGCUCAUUAUUUGAUGUACCUAGUGAUGGUGGCAGCCAUAGCUUGGGAGGAAAGUUAUAGAACCAUUGGCCUAUAUUGGGUAGGAUCCAUUAUAAUGAGCAUUGUUGUUUUUGUUCCUGGAAACAUUGUAGGGAAGUAUGGAACACGGAUUUGCCCUGCUUUUUUCUUAAGCAUACCAUACACUUGUCUUCCUGUCUGGGCUGGUUUCAGAAUCUAUAAUCAGCCACUGGAAAAUUAUAAUUAUCCCUCAAAGGUUGUUCAAGAAGCUCAAGCAAAGGACCUGCUGAGAAGACCACUGGACUUAAUGUUGGUCAUAUGUCUCCUCCUGGCAACUGGCUUUUGCCUGUUCAGAGGCUUGAUUGCUUUGGAUUGCCCAGCUGAACUCUGCCGACUGUAUGCACAAUUUCAAGAGCCCUACCUAAAGGAUCCUGCUGCUUAUCCUAAAAUUCAGAUGCUGGCAUACAUGUUUUAUUCUGUCCCUUACUUUGUGAUUGCACUUUAUGGCUUAGUUGUUCCUGGGUGUUCCUGGAUGCCUGACAUAACACUGAUUCAUGCUGGAGGCCUAGCUCAGGCUCAGUUUUCUCACAUUGGUGCUUCUCUUCAUGCCAGAACUGCUUAUGUCUACAGAGUCCCUGAAGAAGCAAAAAUCUUUUUUUUAGCAUUAAACAUAGCAUAUGGAGUUCUUCCUCAGCUCUUGGCUUAUCGCUGUAUCUACAAACCAGAGUUCUUCAUAAAAACAAAGGCAGAUGAGAAAGUAGAAUAAAAGUAUCACUUGUUUCUCUUUUCUAGAUUAUUGACUGUUAGACUGGUACUGAUAUUUUGUCCCAUCACUCUCUCAUACAUGAAUAUGUAAGAAAACAAUUCUUGCUCUGUACUAUACAUGUGAGCUAUAAUAUGGUACUCAUCACAAAUUCUUGCUCUGUAUUGUAUGUAUGAACUACAAUUAUAUGGUAUUGUAAGUAGUAAAUUUUCUUUUUUUGAAGGAAAACUGAAGUUGUUGAGAUACAGCUUGUUUAAACAAACAUAUCAAAAUUAUCUGUGAAUAAACCUGACCAUAUAGCUCAACACUGUUUGCACAUACUAAAUAAUUCUAAGUGUGAAAAAUUACAAUUCAGUGCCUACAACAGUGAGCAUAAAAAUGUAACUAUUCAGAGAUGAGUAUGGUCUACCCAUAUAAAAAAUCCAAAACAGCAAUUACAGGUUGGAGAAAUAACUUCUGCAUAUAGAAUGCAUAUGCUUCAUUAUCAACCUCAAUAUAAAAUGCAGAUUAUCAGAAUAUUUUUAAAUGUUGUUUGAAAAAUGUUUUCAAGAAAAGUAUAUUACUGCUGUUUUAAAAACUGCUUUUACUAAUUUUUUUUGUGUGAAUCUGAAUAGCUAAAGUGAGAUUGAUUUAUCUUUACCCUUAAUGAACACUUGUUUUAUUGGUGGCUGGAAAUAUUUCUAUUGCAUUUCUGUGUGUAUUUUUAAUGACAUUAUUUUUGGUGUUUUAUGAAGACAAAUCUUGUUAAAUUUGAACCAUUUUAUAUAUAUUCAUAUGUAUUUUCAUGAUAAGUUUUGGCUUUUUUUAGAAUAUCAGUUGUAUGUUCUAAUUGAAAACGUCAUCUAUGUUUUAGUGCAAGCAUUGAAGAGGUCUUUUAAUGAACUAAUUAAGUUUCAUUAAUUUUAAAAUAAAAUAUUCAAAAUUAAAAAAGAACAUUUUAAGGAAAAAGUACUGGAUUGACAUCCCUACUUCUUUUUUAUGAACUUUGCAUAUUUGGAAUUGUGAGUACAAUAGAGACAAUCAAUAUAUGCUAAAUGAUAGAAAAACCCAAAACAUAGCUGCCUCCUCAGUGGGCCUGGGGUGCAAAGUGGAUUGGUGCUUUCAUGGCCUCAGCUACCUCAUGACCACUAUCAUCAUUAAUGGCCCUGGGCUUUUAGGUUUCCUUAUACCUUCUUUUCUCUUCAUGUUCAUUAGCUCUUCAUCAAAGUUAGAAACCAAAAGCAAAUAGGAUAAAAAUCAAUGCAUGGAUAAUGUCAAGCGUGUGAAUUAGGGUCCACUGAGCUGAUAAAUAUUUUCUUAGGUGUACAAUUCAUGUUGGUCACUCCUCUUGCCCCCCAGUGUUUUCAAAUAACCUAAAACACAGAGUAUUAAAAAAAAAGAAAAAGGAAAAUCCUUGCCUGUACUCUUGAUUCUACUGUUAACCUGCUAUAACAUUUUUUGCUUUAAUAUAUGAAUUACAUUACUACCUCACAUUACAUUAUAUGAAGCCAAAUUACACUACCUUAGUUGUUUACAACCUCAAAGCUUACUCCCAGUACACAUUCCAAUAAAUUUAUUCUGUAAA